UUUCUAUAGAGAAUCCUGAUUCUAAUGAACGAUUCAUAAAUAUGAAUGACGAAUCCAAAAAUUCUAUACAAUUAUGAAAAACAGAAAGAUCCCUCGGAUCUGAUUAUUCCAUUAUAUUGACAAUUUCAAAAAACUGAUCAUACUAUGAUCAUAGUAUGAGGGCGGUUGGUCAAGUUGGCCCCCAUCGUCUAGUGGUUUAGGACAUCUCUCUUUCAAGGAGGCAGCGGGGAUUCGAAUUCCCCUGGGGGUAGGGUACUACGGAAGGAAGUUGAUCAUGGAUUACCAAUAAGCCUAUAAAAAAAAUGGAAAUGGAUUCUUCCUGGGUCGAUGCCCGAGCGGUUAAUGG